UCGGCUCGGCUUCCGCUCAAGGUUACAGAAGUUGCACUACAUGAGUUCUGUUCUGGCCCCCCGUGUGGAAGCAGCUCCGUUGCCGUCCAGGUGCUUGAUAAGCAUACGCUUGGUGUCCCAUUGACUUCUGGGAAUGAACCAGGAGCCCCGAGGGAGUAGGAGUCUUCUGUGCCCCUUACUGCUUCUCCCAGACUGGGAUCCCCGGAACCUAGAAUCCAUGAUUCUUGGCACAUAGUAGGCACUCAGAUUCUGGUUGGACUGUUGUAUGGACCCCAAGGGAAGCCCUAAAGAGCAAAACAGGAUGACCUAAUAUAACACAUCCUGGCCCCUCCCCUAGACCUCUCUGCCUCUGAGAAAUACCCAGAAGCUUCUCAGGGAGGCACUUGCCAGCCCAGGCACUCAGGGGCAGCUCCGGCCCCUGCCUCCUGUCAUCAGCAUAAUGCAUCCAUAUCUACAAUAUGGCAAAUUUCAUAUCCUCCCACCCUCUUUCCCUGCAUUAUUGAUGGGCUAUGCACUUUUAAAAAAAUCAAUUAGAUCAGGGUGUGGAACUGGAAUCAAAAGAAAAGGGAGGCCUUUAAAAGUCCGCUCUUCUUGUUUCUGCUGUUUUGAAUAGGAGCAGAUAAAGCUUCCCCUCUGGUUUGAAUAAGUCAAGCCCAGGGCUAGGUUGGCCGUGAUUGGCCAGCACUGGGAAAAUUAGGUUAAGAUGCAAACACAAGCAAAUAUAACCCGGAGUCUGUGCAGCCAUUGCUAAGCUAAGGCAGCAGGAGCUGGCGCCUCCCGCCCCGGAGUGGUUCUCUGGAUACCGCCUGGAAACCCGGUGGGAGCCCGGCCGGAGAGCAGGCAAGGUAAGGUCGGCCUGGUGCGUGGGUGCACAUCACUAGAGCAAUCCUACUGAACUCGGAAGGAAGAGCAGAUUGAAAUUUCUGUGCCUUUGUCUUCUUGCAUGAGGCUUUUAAAAGAUUCAACCAGGAGUUUGUAACCAGUUGUGCAAACGUCCCGCUGAGCAGUGAAAGCCCUUUUUUAGAAACCACUGAACAGAUAGGGCACCUUUUCAAAAGCUGGGAAAUAAGGAGACUGCCUCAUCCACCUACCUCAGAAAGAUGGAGUUUGGGGCAAGGCACGGGUCAGAAGGGGCCUGGGCUUGGAGUCCACUCACGGGGCUCUCUGGAAGAGUGAAGGGCCACUGGCUGCUUGCCUGGGGUUUCAAACCCGCAUCCCACCCUGCGGUGCGGUUUCUGCGGUGCCGGUGCCGAAUUAACAGACUUGGGGAAGAGGGACGAUGAAGCUGAGCUUUGGGGGACUUCAGUGUCACAAACGCAGUCAUUUUCUGGGUGCUCCAGUGUGGCAGGAAGUCCCUGCUUUGAGCAUGUCCUCUCCUUGGUUGGUGGGCCCUGGCCCCGGAGCUCCUUCCCCAUCGAUCGCUAAGUCCCUGCUGGGAAAUAGGACGGCUUUUGGCCUCUGAGAGUCAUGGCCCGAGAGCAUUCAUCAGUUAUAGGUAUUAUCCGAAUGCAAGCUCCUUGAGAGCAAGAACCAGGCGGGCAUUUCACGUAUAUACGAGGCCCCAGGCCCAGGAACGCGAGCGCCAUGUCUCUGAGCAGCGCCUUCAGGGCUGUGGGCAACGACCCUGGGCUCAUCACCUGGAGGAUAGAGAAACUGGAGCUGGCGCUGGUACCCCUGAGCGCCCACGGGAACUUCUACGAGGGGGACUGCUACGUCAUCCUCUCGACACGGAGAGCGGGCAGUCUCCUGUCCCAGGACAUCCACUUCUGGAUCGGCAAGGACUCCUCCCAGGAUGAGCAGACGUGCGCGGCCAUCUACAGCACGCAGCUCGAUGACUACCUGGGGGGCAGCCCCGUGCAGCACCGCGAGGUCCAGUACCACGAGUCUGACACCUUCCACGGCUACUUCAAGCAGGGCAUCAUCUACAAGAAGGGGGGCGUGGCCUCUGGGAUGAAGCACGUGGAGACCAACACCUAUGACGUGAGGCGGCUGUUACACGUCAAGGGGAAAAGCCACAUCAGGGCCACCGAGGUGGAGGUGAGCUGGGACAGCUUUAACCGGGGUGACGUCUUCUUGCUGGACCUUGGGAAGGUCAUCAUCCAGUGGAAUGGCCCAGAGAGCAACAGCAGAGAGCGCCUGAAGGCCAUGCUUCUGGCAAAGGACAUUCGGGACAGGGAGCGAGGAGGCCGUGCUGAAAUCGGCGUGAUCGAGGGGGACAAGGAGGCAGCAAGUCCGGAGCUGGUGAAGGUCCUGCAGGACACCCUCGGCCGGCGCUCCAUCAUCAAGCCAGCCGUGCCCGAUGAGCUCAUAGAUCAGCAGCAGAAUUCAAGCAUCGUGCUGUAUCAUGUCUCAGACGCUGCUGGGCAGCUGGCGGUCACCGAGGUAGCAGCAAGGCCACUGGUGCAGGACCUCCUGAACCAUGACGACUGCUACAUCUUAGACCAGAGCGGAACCAAGAUCUAUGUGUGGAAAGGAAGAGGAGCCACAAAGACCGAAAAGCAGAUGGCCAUGUCGAAAGCCCUGAGCUUCAUCCAGAUGAAGGGCUACCCUGGCAGCACCAACGUGGAGACCAUCAACGACGGUGCUGAGUCGGCCAUGUUCAAGCAAUUGUUCCAGAAGUGGUCCGUGAAGGACCAGGCCGUGGGCCUGGGGAAGACGUUUGGUGCUGGCAAGAUCGCUAAAGUUUUCCAGGAUAAAUUUGACGUGACUGUGCUGCACAGCAAGCCAGAGGUAGCUGCCCAGGAAAGAAUGGUGGAUGAUGGCAAUGGAAAGGUUGAGGUCUGGAGAAUUGAGAACCUGGAGCUGGUCCCCGUGGAGCGUCAGUGGUACGGCUUCUUUUACGGGGGAGACUGCUACCUGGUUCUGUACACGUAUGAGAUGAGCGGGAAGCCACAUUACAUCUUGUACAUCUGGCAGGGCCGCCACGCCUCCAAGGAUGAGCUAGCGGCCUCGGCCUACCAGGCGGUGGAGGUGGAUCGGCAAUUUGACGGGGCGCCCGUACAGGUCCGCGUUACCAUGGGGAAGGAGCCACGCCACUUCAUGGCCAUCUUCAAAGGGAGGCUGGUGAUCUUUGAGGGUGGGACUUCCAGAACGGGAAAUGCUGAGCCCGAUCCUCCAGUAAGACUCUUCCAGAUUCAAGGAAACGACAAAUCUAACACCAAAGCGGUGGAGGUUCCAGCCUAUGCCUCCUCCCUAAACUCUAAUGAUGUCUUUCUGCUGCGGACCCAGGGAGAGCACUACCUGUGGUACGGCAAGGGGUCCAGUGGGGAUGAGCGGGCAAUGGCUAAGGAGCUGGCCAGCUUUCUCUGCGAGGGCACCGAGGACACGGUGGCCGAGGGCCAGGAGCCGGCUGAGUUCUGGGACCUGCUGGGAGGGAAGACUGCCUAUGCCAACGACAAAAGACUGUAUUGCAGACUACAGCAGGAAAUCCUGGAUGUGGAGCCUCGUCUCUUUGAAUGUUCCAAUAAGACUGGGCGCUUCCUCGUCACUGAGAUCACAGACUUCACCCAGGAUGACCUGAACCCAGGUGAUGUGAUGCUUCUGGAUACCUGGGACCAGGUGUUCCUGUGGAUUGGGGCUGAGGCCAACGCCACGGAGAAGGAGAGAGCCCUCUCUACGGCCCAGGAGUACCUGCACACUCACCCCAGUGGCCGGGACGCUGACACAGCCAUCCUGAUCAUAAAACAGGGCUUUGAGCCUCCCAUCUUCACGGGCUGGUUCUUGGCCUGGGACCCUCAUAUGUGGAGUGCAGGGAAAUCAUACGAACAAUUAAAAGAAGAGCUGGGAGAUGCUGCUGCAAUCACAAGAAUCACGGCCGACAUGAGGAAUGCAACCCUCUCCCUGAAUUCUGAGCUGAAGUAUUACCCUAUAGAAGUUCUGCUGAAAAACCAGAAUCAGGAGCUGCCUGAGGACGUGAACCCUGCCAAAAAGGAGAAUUACCUCUCUGAACAGGAUUUUAUUUCUGUGUUUGGCAUCACAAGAGGGCAAUUUGCUGCUCUGCCUGGCUGGAAGCAGCUCCAAAUGAAGAAAGAAAAGGGGCUUUUCUAAGGCAAGAAGCUCCAUGCCUAUCACGAGACCACAGAAGACAGCUGAUCGUGCCAAUAACAGGAAAAAAUUUAUCUACCAAUUUUGCCUAAUAAUUGCUACUUAGAUACAAGGAGGUCUGCAAAUCACGGCAUGUUCUCCAUCCUCAUCCCUGCAUUCCUUAGUUGUUAUAUACCUAAUAUGUUAACUACCUACUUUUCAAUUUUUGUGACCUUUGGGCUUAAAGUCUCAGCAGAAGCACUACAGUUGCAUGAAUCCAGAGCAGUCAGAGGAAAAAGAAAAUAACUAAGUUUAAAGUAUUUAAUAAUGGGACAAGGAUGUGAGUCUGUUUUAAAUUGUAAGAUCAUGAGCAGCCCGGGUGGCUCAGCGGUUUAGCGCCACUUUCAGCCCAGGGCAUGAUCCUGGAGACCUGGGAUGGAGUCCCACGUCCGGCUCCCUGCGUGGAGCCUGCUUCUCCCUCUGCCUGUGUCUCUGCCUCUCUCUCUAUCUCUCAUGAAUAAAUAAAUAAAUAAAUAGUAAGAUCACUAUAUCCAGAAUCUAUUUGACCCACCAAUCACUGAAGCUAUUUCCAUAUAUACCCCAGGGGCAAAAUCAAAAUGCCGAGAGCUGUACUUGCCAGAGAUUUUUUUACUUUUCAAAUAAAGAUAUCUGUAUGAGCAAA